UGUACAUUCUGCCUACUAAAACAGCUGAUCCUUGUAAUUUCCUAACAAAGAUUUGAUUUCAGUAUUCAUUUGAAAGUAUUAUCAACUAGACGCAUGUGUACUUUGGAAAAACUCAUAAACUGUAAUAAGUAAUAACAAUUAAAGAUGGCCUGGACAACGUAUCAAUUAUGCUUGGCCCUUACAAUGAUAAUAACAGGGAGUAUAAACACCUUGAGUACAAAGUGGGCUGAUGAUAUAGAAUCUGUAAAUAGAAAUGGUGUUUCAAAAAAAUUUGACCACCCUUUUUUCCAAGCAUGCUGUAUGUUUUUGGGAGAAUUCUUAUGCCUAAUUGUGUUCAAAGUCUUAUACUACCACUAUAAAAGGAAGGGGGAUGGAUCUGAAGAUGUGAUGGAACUGACCAAAGGAAAUAGAGAUUUUAAUCCCUUCAAGUUAUUUAUCCCUGCAAUGUGUGAUAUGACGGCAACCUCUAUAAUGUAUAUUGGUUUGACUUUGACUUAUUCUUCCAGUUUUCAAAUGUUUAGAGGUUCUGUGAUAAUUUUUGUUGGCAUUUUAAGUAUGGCAUUUCUUGAGCGUGUACUCAAAAAGAAAGAAUGGGCUGGAAUAAUCUUUGUAAUUUUGGGUCUAGCCAUUGUGGGUGUUUCCGAUUCCGUUUAUGGAAAAGAUUCUGGAGAUCAUAGUAAAAAUGAUAUAAUCACUGGAGAUUUGUUGAUAAUUAUUGCUCAAAUAAUAACUGCAGUACAAAUGGUUGUUGAAGAGAAGUUUGUGUCAGGUCUUGACAUACCAUCCUUGCAAGCAGUUGGUUGGGAAGGUUUGUUUGGCUUAGUUACCCUAGGAAUUUUGCAAGUACCCUUAUAUUACAUUAAAGUUGGAAAACCUUUUGCUGACAACCCCAAUGGUUCUCUGGAAGAUGCAAUAGAUGCUUUUGUUCAAAUCAGCAAUAGUUUGCCAUUGAUUAUAGCAAUUUUAGGAACAAUAUUUUCCAUUGCCUUCUUUAACUUUGCUGGUAUCAGUGUCACCAAAGAAUUAUCAGCUACUACACGAAUGGUUCUUGACAGUGUUCGUAUUCUAGUUAUCUGGAUUGUCAGUUUGUUAACUGCAGAGCAAGAGUUCCAAUGGCUACAGCUCUUGGGAUAUAUAGGUCUUGUGAUUGGAAUGGGACUUUACAACAAUAUCACUCUUGGUGGUCUAUGGAAUAGAGUAGGAACAUUAAUAAACAAGUGCAGGUAUGGUAACGUCCCCGAAGAAACAAUUCAUAAUCAUACCGCAGAUGAGAGAGAACAAGCAUAAAACCAGACAUAUAGCGCAACUUGUGACCAUAUAAGUUCACUCUAGGAUCAAAUCGAUCCUCACCUCAAUAACUUAGAUUUCCAAUUGUAUUAAUGAUUUGUUUUUAUUGUUUUACGACUUAUUAAUCAUUAAUUACCCAAACACCGAAAGGUAUUAUUGGGAUUUUGAUUAUAUAUAUAUAUACAAAUCAUUAAUUAAGACUUUACUUAAGAUUGAAUUUAAGAAAGCUUGUACUUUGUAAAUAUAAUUAGAAGUGCAAGGAUACUUGGAAACUCUGAGACUGUAUUAUUUUGUGUAAAUGAAAUGCUAAAAGAUGAAAAAUUAUAUAUAUUGACUAUUA